CUUGGGCGUUGGACCCCGCAUCUUAUUAGCAACCAGGGAGAUUUCUCCAUUUUCCUCUUGUCUACAGUGCGGCUACAAAUCUGGGAUUUUUUUAUUACUUUUUUUUUAAAAAAAAACUACACUUGGGCUCCUUUUUUUGUGCUCGACUUUUCCACCUUUUUUCUCUCCCUCCAGCGCUGCUGCUUUUUGAUCUCUUCGACUGAAAUUUUUUUAUCCGGAGUGUAUUUAAUCGGUUCUGUUCUGUCCUCUUCGCCACCCCCAUUCCCCCCUCCCUCCGGUGUGUGUGUGUGCUGCUGCUGCCGCCGCUGCCGCUGCCGCUGCUCGCCCCGUCGUUACACAAACCCGAGGCUCUUUGUUUCCCCCUUUGGAUCUGUUGAGUUUCUUUGUUGAAGAAGCCAGCAUGGGUGCCCAGUUCUCCAAGACUGCUGCGAAGGGAGAAGCCUCUGCGGAAAGGGUCGGGGAGGCGGCUGUGGCCUCGUCGCCUUCCAAAGCGAAUGGGCAGGAGAAUGGCCACGUGAAGGUGAACGGCGACGCCUCACCCGCGGCCGCCGAGCCGGGAGCCAAGGAGGAGCUGCAGGCCAACGGCAGCGCCCCGGCUGCCGACAAGGAGGAGCCCGUGGCCGCCGGGAGUGGGGCAGCGUCGCCCACCGCGGCUGAGAAGGAGGAGCCGGCUGCUGCCGCUGCCGCGGAGGCUGGACCCGCCCCUGCGGAGAAGGAGGCCCCCGCGGAGGGCGAGGUCGCGGAGCCCGGGUCGCCUACGGCCGCAGAGGGCGAAGCCGCUUCGGCCGCUUCCUCGACGUCUUCGCCCAAGGCGGAGGAUGGAGCCACGCCCUCGCCUAGCAACGAGACCCCGAAAAAAAAAAAGAAGCGCUUUUCCUUCAAAAAGUCUUUCAAGCUGAGUGGCUUCUCCUUCAAGAAGAACAAGAAAGAGGCUGGAGAGGGCGGUGAGGCCGAGGGCGCAGCUAGCGCCUCUGCCGAAGGCGGCAAGGACGAGGCAGCAGGGGGUGCUGGUGGGGCCGCCGCCGAGGCAGGCCCGGCCUCUGGGGAGCCAGCUGCGGCGCCGGGAGAGGACGCCGCCGCAGGCGAGGAGGGGGCGGCUAGCGGUGAUCCGCUGGAGACCAAGGCGGAGGAGGCCGCUAUGGCGCCCGAGAAGCCACCCUCUAGCGAGGAAGCCAAGGCCGCCGAGGAGCCCAACAAAGCGGAGGAGAAGGCGGCCGAGGAGGCUGGGGCCAGCGCUGCCGCCUGCGAGGCGCCUUCGGCGUCCGGGCCCGGCGCGCCCCCUGAGCCGGAGGCGGCCCCAGCAGAGGAGCCUGCGGCCGCUGCAGUGUCGUCAGCCAGUGCAGCCCCCUCACAGGAGGCCCAGCCCGAGUGCAGUCCAGAAGCCCCCCCAGCGGAGGCGGCAGAGUAAAAGGGCCAGAUUUUUUGAGAUAAUCGAAGAACUUUUCUCCCCCGUUUGUUUGUUGGAGUGGUGCCAGGUACUGGUUUUGGAGAACUUGUCUACAACCAGGGAUUGAUUUUAAAGAUGUCUUUUUUUUUUUUAAUUUACUUUUUUUUUAAAGCAUCAAUUUUUUCCCCCUUUCCCCACAGAUCCCAUCUCAGAUCAUUCUGUUACCACCAUUCCAACAGGUCGAGGAGAGCUUAAACACCUUCCUCUGCCUUGUUUCUCUUUUAUUUUUUAUUUUUUGCAUCAGUAUUAAUGUUUGUUUUUUUUUUUUUGCAUACUUUGCAUCUUUAUUCAAAAAUGUAAACUUUCUUUGUCAAUCUAUGGACAUGCCCAUAUAUGAAGGAGAUGGGUGGGUCAAAAAGGGAUAUCAAAUGAAGUGAUAAGGGGCCACAAUGGUGAAAUUUAAGUGGUGCAUAUAAUUGCCAAGAAAAUGUGCCACUCGAAAUGAUGGUGUAAAGGCUUAGUCUUUUUUUUUUUUUUUAAGAAAAGUUAUUACAGUGUAUUUUGUGAGGCAGGUUUACAACACUACAAGUCUUGACUAAGAAGGAAAGGAAAAAAGAAAAAAAAACACCAAUACCCAGAUUAAAAAAAGAGCAUAGUCUUAGGAGUUCAUUUAAACCAUAGGAACUUUUCACUUAUCUCAUGUUAGCUGUACCAGUCAGUGAUUAAGUAGAAUUACAAGUUGUAUAGGCUUUAUUGUUUAUUGCUGGUUUAUGACCUUAAUAAAGUGUAAUUAUGUAUUACCAGCAGGGUGUUUUUAACUGUGACUAUUGUAUAAAAACAAAUCUUGAUAUCCAGAAGCACAUGAAGUUUGUAACUUUCCACCCUGCCCAUUUUUGUAAAACUGCAGUCAUCUUGGACCUUUUAAACAAAAAUUUUAAACUCAACCAAGCUGUGAUAAGUGGAAUGGUUACUGUUUAUACUGUGGUAUGUUUUUGAUUACAGCAGACAAUGCUUUCUUUUCCAGUCGUCUUUGAGAAUAAAGGAGGAAAAAAAAAAAUCUUCAGAUGCAAUGGUUUUGUGUAGCAUCUUGUCUAUCAUGUUUUGUAAAUACUGGAGAAGCUUUGACCAAUUUGACUUAGAGAUGGAAUGUAACUUUGCUUACAAAAAUUGCUAUUAAACUCCUGCUUAAGGUGUUCUAAUUUUCUGUGAGCACACUAAAAGCGAAAAAUAAAUGUGAAUAAAAUGUAAAAAUUUGUUGUGUUUCUUUAUAUUCUGAUAAUACCUAGACUUCUAGGUCUUAGGUUAAUUUUAAGGAAGAUCCUGCAUGCCAUCAAGAGUAAAUUUUCUUGUGGUUUUUAAUCUGAAGUUGUCAAACUCUGAAUUUCAUCAUCAGCAGUGUCAGAUUACAUAUGGGAAGAUCUUUUAACAUUCCGUGUCAAAUCUGUUACCAUUUAUCCGCAUUUAAUUUUCAUUUAAAAAUUGAACAUAGUACUAUUUUUAUUGUAGUUACAUAGCAUGUCAGAUUAAAUCAUGUAAGCCAAAAUUGGUGUGACCCUAAGACUAUUUAAAUGUCUUAUGUGAAAAUUCAUAAAGCUACAUUUUCUUGUCAGGCUGGUCCAGAAACAAAAAUUUUAUACUAAAUAAGAGUCUAUUUAAUCCAAACUGCAGAUGGGUCAUGAAAAAUGACCAAAUGUGUUUCAAAAAUUGUGUAGUACCUGCCAUUGUAAUUGCUUAGCACUUGGCUAAUUUCCAAAUUAUUGCCUGGAUUCUGUAUUAUACCUUAAUAAAACAUGUUUAUGUAAAGAAGUAAUGGUGUUGAAUGGAUGACAUUGUCAGUUUAUGGGCCUUUAGGACUUGUCUCAAUUCAAUAGUUGAAAGCAAUUAUUUUAACUGUAAAGAUGUUAGCAUCUUGUUACUCAAAGGAUAAAGCUGAGAAUAAGACUUCUUUAUAUAAUAAUAAUUCUUACUGGUUUAUCUGUUCUGCUUUUGACCAACUCCUAUAUAUAUAUAUACAACUGGACUUUUUUUCUUCACUGGACCUUAAACUGAGUUGAAUUUUAAGAUGUGUGUCAAAUACCAUUACUUCAUUAACUGCAAAAAAAAAAAGUUGGUACUCAGGCCUGCUUUAAUGUUUUUGAGGAACAGUGUGCAGUGUAGGGUUCAUGAAUGCUAAACAACUGAAAAAUAAAAGCUUUUGGACAUUGGAUUUUAAUUGGAAUAAUGGAUCAUAAUCAUGAUUCAUGACGCUUUCUCAUUGAACACCCUCCCUACUAACAAAAUCAAAUAAUAUUUGGAAGGGUGUAUACUUUGUGUUAGGGCUUCCUGAUCUUAAAGGAUGUUUGAAAGUUAAAAAGUCAAAUCUGAUAACAAAGGAUUGCUUUAUGGGCCUUUCCCACUUUACCAACUUUUUCUCAAACAUUGAUAAUCCAGUUGGCCAAGUACAGUGCUGGUAUGCAAUAGAGAACUCAGUAAAAAUGGAUUUACUCUCAUAAAGUGAGUAGUCAAAAAUACUGUGUAGCAACUACUAUAUAUUGUUAGGUUUGUUCUUUUAACAGUUGAAAUUUAUUAAAAUGCAUUAUUUUUAUUUUAAUCACUGCCUAGAACUUUUUGGGUGGUAUUGAUGGAGUGGUGGAAUUUUCUCCAAGUGAUUAAGUGAAAUUGAGAUCUACCUUUUCAUCCAAAGUUUUGUACACCACAUUGUUUUCUAAUGCAAAAAUGUUAAUAAUGGCUUUUUUUGUAUUACUAAAAAUAGCUUUGAGAUUAAGGAAAAAUAAAUAACUCUUGUACAGUUCAGUAUUGUCUACUAAAUCUGUAUUGGCAGUGUGUAUAAAGACGUUUGCUAUCAUUACAAGAUAACUUCCUCUGGUUUCUAAUAAUCAUUUGAUCCAUUUCCUAUUGCUUGUAAAAUAAAGUUUUACCAGUUGAUA